AGGGAUUCUCCUGCUCCUCUGAAUCAGGAAGUGGAAAGGGAGUUAACAUGGCUUCGAAAGGACAGAUCGAGAGUUUAACCGAAGAGGCAACUUGUCCCAUCUGCCUGGAUUUCUUCACCGAUCCUGUCUCACCGGAAUGCGGACACAACUUCUGCCGCUCCUGCAUCACACGGUGUUGGGAAAGGGAGGAGAGAAACACCUGCCCGGAAUGUAGAGAGGAGUUUGCAGACCGCACCCUCAGGGUAAAUCGGGCCUUAGCAAGUCUAUCCGAGAAGCUUCGAGGACUAACCCUAACUCCGACGGAGAAGGAAAUUAAAUUUCACUGCGAGGAACAUGAGGAAGAACUGAAGCUGUUUUGUGAAGCGGACAAGAAACUGAUCUGUGUGACAUGUGCCGCUGCGCAGGAACACAGAGAGCACCGAUUCCUGUCGAUUCGAGAAGCUGUUAAAAUCUACAAGGAUCGCGUUAAAUCUUCCUUAGACUCUCUUACAAAAAAGAAAUCCGACUUCGAGAAAAUGCAGCAGCAACAGAAAGAGAAGAUUUCUGGAGUUCGGGAACAGUCACACAGUGUUCAGUCCCACAUCACAUCCCAGUUUGCUGAACUGCGCCGGAUUAUCACCGAGAAAGAGCAGCACACACUCCGAGAUCUCAGGGAAGAGGAGGAGAGGAUUCUAAAUCCAAUGGAGAAAAAUCUUCAAGAGAUUCAAGAGAAUUUAAAUUCAAUCCAGAAGGAAAUCUUAAAGUUACAGGAACAGAUGGAUCAGCAAGAAAAUAUCACAUUCCUCAUGGAGGAAGCUCGUCGGAAGAGGAGGAUCAGUGAAGAUGACCAGGUGCUGUCAGUGACACAUGGGGCCCUACCUAUUGAAAAAUUCGAUCACCCCUUUUUAUUGAACACAACGUUAAGAGAAAUAUUUGAUACAAUUAAGCAAGUCUCUGUCACCCUGGAUGUGGAAACGGCGAAUCCGUGUCUCGAGGUGUCUGAGGAUCGGAAGAGUGUGAGACGGACCGAGACCUGGAGGAAUCUCCCUGACACCGGGAAGAGGUUCACAGUCUGUGCUUGUGUGCUGGGAUCGGAGGGAUUCACAUCGGGGAGACAUUACUGGGAGGUGGAGGUGACAGGGAAUCGGGGCUGGUGUCUGGGAGUCGCCGCAGAGUCUGUGGAGAGGAAGAGAAGGGUCACACGGAGACCGGAGACCGGAUUCUGGACCAUCGGGCGGGUUGAUGACGUGUUCGCGGUUUUCACCUCCCCUGUGUCCCGUCUCCCGGCCGGUCCCAUUCCCGGGAGGGUGGGAGUUUAUCUCAGUUACGAGUCCGGGACAGUUUCAUUUUACAACGCGGAGACCAAGUCCUAUCUCCACACCUUCACUGGGAAUAAAUUCACGGAGAAACUUUAUCCUUUCUUCUGGACUGAAACUCCAAACGAGUGGCUGAGAGUCUGCUCCGGUUCCUCUCCGGGUCUGUAAACGGGUCGGGUCCCGGGACCGGCGUUAUUGGAAUAUUAAAGUUGCAUUAUUUGCCGUGUAACCAAAACUAUGUAGUCAGUUUGCUAUGCAUGUAUCCAAGAUGAAAUCCUAGGAAUUUAGAAGAGAAUGGUGUGUUAAUGUAUUAACGAAAGGUAACGAUAGAGAUGUAGAUUAGAACAUAAUUAAGUCACGAAGUAUUAAGAAUGUAAACUUGCUAUUUGCUAGAGAAUGAAAUCUUUGGAAUGUAAUAGACAAUGGUGUGUUAAUGAAAGGUAGCUAAGAGAUGUAGAUUAGAACAUGAUUAUGUCAAUGGGUAGAAACAAUAGGGACAAGAUGUACUUGUGGUACGUGUGAUACGCGACUACAGCAAGUGGACCAGGAGUUUGCGAUAAAAAAUGCCGUGUCCGAGGAUCGGUGGCCAAUCAGCGACUAGCUCAAUGACUGUCUCAGCUUUGAUUUGCAAAUUAAAGUUUAACCCUUCUUGAAGAA